AUGAUGUGUAUCAAGCAUGUCCUGAUAUACUUUCUGAUCCUUCCAAUACCGGCUGCCUCGCCGAUAUUUUUAUUGCUUUUCACGGUAGCUGCGUUCAUAGCUAUCAAACCUUGUGGAUAUUGUUUAUCUCUACUUGCUAUCCUAUUCUUAUCAACAUCACCCCAUUCUCCUUUCCUUCAUCCUUCCCUCGAUUCGUCCAUUUCAAACACUCGAAAUAGUACAACCGUUUUACCAAUCAACGACGAGCCCCUGAAUACACCUAUACCAAAUAGGACAUGGCUAUCACUCAAUGGAGGUAGAUUGACUUCACCCAGCUUAAUCGGAUAUCAAGAGAUGGAUAAAGCCUUAUCACAAAUGACACCCCCUGAUAAUGGGAUAAUCAAUCGUAUAAUAGGUUUCAACGUGCUACCUAUAACUCCAUGUACAUCGAAUUUGGAAAGGCUUAGUACUGGGAAUAUGUUGAUAGAUCGAUUGAUAUCGACUUAUAUCCCUUCUUCUUCUUCUUCAGCAUAUCCAUCAUUAUCAUCAUCAUCAUCCCCCGCAGUAGGAUGGAAAGAAAGACAGUUACCUAAUAAAUACGUUGAUAUAAGUUGGAAAGGAAUUGGAAUGAUAGUUGAUUUCGGCUGGAAAAGAGAUGAUCAAGGUAUUAAAUGGGAAAUAGAAGAAGUAUUAGGGAAAGAAUGGGUUAGACCAUCAAUCGAUAAUGGAUUAAAACAAAAACAUGAUGAACAUCAGAAUGAUGGAGACGAGAAAGAAAAUCAAUUGGAACAUGGGGAACGCUCGGUACCAAUUAAGGCAGGGAUGGAAAAGAUUAACAAGUUCUGGGAGAAGAUACCUCUCUUUCGAGGAAAUUGGUGA